AUGUCGCAGAAGCGGCGAGUCGUCCUCCGCGCUACGGUACCUCAUCAGAAUAAGUGUGUGCAAGGGGAACAAGAGGACUCACAGAUCAACCCGCUUCUCCGGCAUCUUCAAACUAAGCAGCUCAUUUCCCCGCUUGAACACUCUCUUGCGACUAUACGCUUUCAAUAUCUUGCGGUUUCUCUUAAUUCCUCGACUCUUCACUAUUCCCUUCUAAUGUGGAUAAAAGGGGUGUUUGUAGCCAGCUUUUUGAAAGUUCUUUCACCUAAGCUACCAUUUUCACCUGAUCACCCCCCAUAUAUUCACCCCCCUUUUCACCACCUCCUACUCUACGCUCCGGAGGAAGUCUCAACGUACCAUUCCGAGCAUAAACUGGCCCAGCCCACUACAAUUUCUUGGCUGUCGCUACUUCACCACGAUUGUAAGUCCGCAUUGUUCUCACGGCUAUAUGCGCCGAACCAUUUGUAA